CAGAAGAAACCUGAGCAGCAGGGAAACUCCUCCAGCUCGGACCACCAUGAUGUUCCCCUGCAGCGCGCUGCCGCCGCCUCUCUACCCGGGCUUCCUGCGUCCCCCCGCGACUAUCUCCUCGCCCCUGAGUCGGUCCCUCCCCUCCGGCUUCUUGGUGGAGGAUCUCCUCCGGUUAAGCCAUCCUGUCGGUUACAUCCAUCGGACUUUCUCUCCCAGAUGUCCCGGAGACAUUCUCCCGCUCAGCCCGGGUCCAUGCUCCUCUCCUCGGCCGUCGGGUCCGGGCACAGAGAGGUCUGGGCAGCCGAACCGGGCCAGCACCGGGUCUCCACACACGUCGGAAUCCGGGUACCUAAAAUUCGGGGUCAGCGCAAUUCUGGCCCCGUCCACGCGGAACGUCCAGAGUCUUCAGACCAAGCUGCUGCCCCUGCCUUUCUUUGACGGAGGUCUUCAUCCCCUCAUCAGAGCCUCGUAUUUCUCAGCCUCCUCCUCCUCUGUGGUUCCUGUCCCAGGAACUUUUUCCUGGCCUCUGGCCCCCAGAGGGAAGCCCAGGAGGGGCAUGCUCCGGCGGGCGGUGUUCUCAGACCUCCAACGGAAGGCCCUGGAGAGAACCUUCCAGAAGCAGAAAUAUAUCAGCAAACCAGACAGGAAGAAACUGGCCUGUAAGCUGGGACUGAAGGACUCACAGGUGAAGAUCUGGUUCCAGAACCGCAGGAUGAAAUGGAGGAACUCCAAGGAGAGGGAGCUGCUGUCCACGGGUGGCUGCCGUCAGCAGACCCUCCCCACCAAAACAAACCCCCACCCAGACCUCACGGACGUGGGCAGCGCCUUCUGCCAGCAGCUGAGCAGCACGGAGCACCAGGAGUCUCAUCUCCAUCAUCACCAUCAUCAUCGCAGCCCCUCCUCUCCGUCAGAGUCCAGCAAACAGUCCGAGAUCUCAGAGUCUGACAGUGAAGAAAUCACAGUUUCAUGAUUCAUCAGAGGAUGGAAGGAAACUCAAAGUGCCUGAAUCAGCUCUGUACAUACCUGUAUUUACUCCCCAUCUUCCUGUACAGCCUUGUUUAUAUCAAGCUCGGUAAACACAGUGAACAGCUGUCCUGAGCUUUCUAGAUUUAAUAUUUGUAGACCGAAAUGUUUAAAACUUUA